UGGUUGAGAGGUCAUAGGCUUCUGCCUGGGAGCGGGAGGGCAAAGACAAGGCUGCAGGAGUUAAGCAAGCUUCGGAAGUAUAGCUCAAAUGUCAGGAAAGCAGUUCUGGGGUCAGCAGAAUACAGGAUGAUGCUUUUUCCUGCAAGCACCACAGCUUUAUUUACAAGCGCUGAGAUUCUAAAUACUGCAGAUGAUGAGGUGACUUAACUACAGGGCAUCUGAAGCCAAGAAUUUGUUCCCAUAUUCAGCCAUCCCAGCAAUACUGAAUAUUGAAUGAAAAGGAGAUUUGAAAAAGGAUGUGAUGCAGAGGAGCAUAAUGCCAGCAACCGCAGGGGGAAGGAAACUAGGACAAUGUCAGAUGAUGUCUGAUUUGUCCCUGUUAUUUGGGCAAGGGCACAGGGAAGGGGUUAGUAGUGGCUGGAGGAAGAAGACUGUCACAACAAAAUAUGCACACCUCCUGUGGAUAAGAAAGAGGCUGCAGGAGUGGAUCUCGGUCAUCCUGUGCUUCUCUCUCAUCUGCUUCAAUUUUUACAAUCUCCUCUUCUACUUGCACCUGGAACACAUGCCCUCAGUGAUUGUUGGGAUCUUUGCAGGAGUUAUUACGGCUGACUUUCUAUCAGGACUGUUUCACUGGGGAGCGGAUACGUGGGGAUCCGUGGAGCUACCCAUAGUUGGAAAGGCUUUCAUCAGACCCUUUAGAGAACAUCACAUUGACCCCACAGCGAUUACCAGACACGAUUUUAUAGAGACCAAUGGAGAUAACUGUUUUAUGACACUGGUCCCAUUGGCAAACAUGGCGUACAAAUUUGUUUCUUUUUCCCCAGAGGCAUUAUAUGAAACGUGUCCUUGGGAGUGUUAUGUCUUUGCACUCAUCAUCUUCAUAACCAUGACGAACCAGAUUCACAAGUGGUCUCACACGUACUUUGGUCUUCCACGCUGGGUCAUAUUCCUACAGGACUGGCACAUUAUCCUUCCACGGAAGCAUCACAGGAUCCAUCAUGUGUCUCCACACGAGACAUACUUCUGCAUUACAACUGGUUGGCUGAACUAUCCAUUAGAGAAGAUAAGAUUCUGGAGGUGUUUGGAGAACAUUAUCCAAGCAGUUACGGGGGAGAAGCCAAGAGCCGAUGACAUGAAAUGGGCUCAGAAAAUUAAGUAACUUUUGCCAGCCUUCUGCAAUCCUUAACUUGUUGCCAAUGUUGUUUUUUUUUAAAUACAAAGCCAUCAGCCAAAUUCAAGACCUGCAAAGAAAUAACAGACUCUAAAGCACAAACUAAAAAGUGCUAACAGACUGCAACAAAAUGAACUAAUUCUUAAAAUGAUACUUGAAAUGGAGAUGAUUACUCUUACUGAGCACCUUUCUGUUUGGCCGUGUCUGCUUACAUCUUAGGAAGUACUUCAUCACUGUGUCUCAAAAGGCUAUCGGGCAAGCCAGAAGGCAGGACAGUCACUCCAUUGGUACAUGGUGGCGUAGUAAACAUGUGUUGUAUCAACAUUAUUUAACACUUCAAAAACAGCUUGUUGCCUAAGACCUACAGGGAGAAUGGUGACAGCAGUGUGUCACUGUGUGUUUGAGUCCAAGUACACUGCAUGAAAACAGUGUGUCAGAAUAAUGGAAGCCUAUAAAAUAAUCACUGUUCAAUGCACUUAGUGAUCGAUAAACCUACAGCUCUAUUAUGUUGAAUUGAAUUGAUCUAAUGUGGGACAGACUUUGGGAAUCUUGCUCCACCAGUGGGCCACAAAUCCUCAAGUGUCUUCAGUUUCCCUUAAAAUAAAGUUGUUCUACUCUCUACGUGGAACUGAGCUGUUUCUGCAUAAGCCUUCAACGUACGAAGCCUCUGAGAAGAGGGAGGGCACCCAGUACGACACAUGCUCGCGUUUGUUCAUGCGGAGUGCUCGCUGAUGAGUCUUCUGUUAAGUGUUCCCUACCCUGACAAUAAAUGUUUAAAAUAGUUCUAGUAUUGGGCACAUUGCAAAUAGCUGUAUUCAAGAGCUCAAGGUAUCAAAUUGUAAUGUUAGAAGGGAAAUUGUCAAUGACUGGCGUUUUGUUCUUUUUUUUAAGGUGCUUGCUUGUUUCUGUAAAUAAUAUAAAGCCUUAAUCUCUUCUGGUGUAAUGGAAUAAUAUUUUAAUGUGAUGUUUGAAUGUAUAUAAUAUAUUUAUAACAAAGCAGUUGGAUAAUACUAA